AUGUACUUACGUAUGUUUUAAUUAUUUACUUUUUAAUUUACACUUUUUCCUUACAGGUGCCUAUAACCAUCUAUUAUGAAUCACUCUGCCCGGACAGCGCUAAGUUCAUUACCGAGCAAGUCUAUCCAGCCGUUAAGGGUGAACUGAAAGACUACAUAGACAUCACAUGGGUGCCUUUUGGCAAGUCACACUUUACAACGCAAGGUGCUGAUGUGCUCUUCGAUUGUCAUCACGGUCCAAAUGAAUGCUACGGCAACAAAGUGCAUGCCUGUGCCAUCGAACAUAUACAGGCCAACUCCUAUCAAAUUGAAUUCACUAGAGAAUCACUAACGUUGGACUUCAUCAACUGCAUGAUGAAGGCGGGCAAGAACUUUGAUGACAACGUUUAUCCAGGUGGACGCUGUGCACGUGACAAUCAUAUUAGCGGCUGGGAAAAUAUUCAGACAUGUGCCAACUCAACUGAAGGCAGCCAUUUGCUGAAGAAACAGGGCGAGGCCACAAAUCAAUUCCAAAAUCCAUUGACCAGCGUGCCAACAAUUGUUUUCAAACAG